AUGAUAUCCAAAAUACCUAAUGAGAUACUGCAUGCCAUUGCAGACCUAUUGGACGAGAAUGAUCUCAAUUCUCUCGCCCAGUCCAGCAGCCGUUUUCUCUCUGUCUGCAAUCCCGUCUUGUACCAAAAGAAUAUGCUAGAGUCUGAUGGCUGGGCACUUAUCUGGGCCAUUAUCAACCGCCAAAGCCACAUAGUGUCAUACGCACUCAGCACGGGAGCCACAGAGCUGGGUGAGGCGCUUGCAUUUGCCGUUGAAGAUGGACAGGAGCAAGUUGUGGAAUGGCUUCUGUCUGUCAAGUCGGCGGAUUUCUCCCCGAAAUAUAACUUUUAUGACCAGUUUGCCAACUGGACCUCUCAAGAUCACAUUGCUUCCAAGGCCACCGCAGCCAGCGCACGAUGUAUUGAGCAACUCAAAGCUCGUCAACAAUGGGGACAUCAUGGCACGUUUGAUACUUGGUCGCCUCUUGCACGGGCAGCUAGAGGAGGCCAUUUGAGAAUUGUGAAUCUUUUGAUUGAAUUGAACGGCGGCGGCCUAGCUGUCGAAGACUUGUAUGGGAAGACUCCUCUCUUCCAUGCUAUAGAGAGGGGCUUUUUGGAUAUUGCUAAGGUCUUGUUCAACACUGGGCAUUAUGACCUGAAUAUGACAGAUAGCAACUUCAGAACAGUGUUAUCAUAUGCAGCCGGCCUCGGCGAUAGUGGGAUGGUGCAGUGGUUGGUGAGCUGUGGGGCGCCAAUCAACCUCAAUUAUCAAGACAGAUAUGGCCAGACGCCGCUUCAUUAUGCUGUCGAGCGCUCCGAUAUGCUUACCGCGAAGGUGUUGAUCGAGACUGGCAGGGUCGAUCCACAUAUUACCAACCGAGAUGGUCAGACACCACUUGAUCUCGCUACUCAGCACUCGAAUGCAUCGAUCAUGAACCUGUUGGUCGAGUCCUGCAAAGUAGAUCUGGACUUUAGAAACAGCAAUGGUUAUGCACCGCUUUAUGAUGCUACUUGGUUCUCCGAUGUAUCGACACCAAUACUAUCUGUCAUGUGCAGCGAAGUGGCAAACAACGGUCAGACGACGCUUUAUGGCGCUCCUGGGAACUCGAAUACGUCGCGCUUAAAGCCUCUAAGCAACUUGAGGGAACUAGAUCCUAACCUUUCGGCGGAGCAAGGCCAGCGGAUGCUUUCACACGCUAUUCAGAAUUCGGAUACCACAACUCUGAAGCUUUUGAUCUUUUCAGACAAAGUUGACCUUGACUGGAUGGAUGAUAAAGGACGCACGCCGCUUUCACAUGCCGCUCAAUACUCAGACAUAUCCACGACGAAACUUUUGAUUGACACCGGCAGAGUCAACCUGGAUUCGAGAGAUGAAAACGGUAGAACACCGCUGUCAUAUGCCGCCGAGCACGGAGACACGUCGACUGUAAAGCUUUUGAUCGAUUCAGGCGAAGUCGAUGUGGAUUCUAAAGACAACCAACGGCGGACACCGCUUUCGUAUGCUGUUCAACACAUGGACCUGGUCAAUCUAGCGGCUUUGGUGAGAUUAUGGUAUGACGACCAUGCUGAAACGGGGCUCAAUCCAAAUACUAUCGUUCCCCGCAGAUCCCUUGCAGACACCUCAACCCUGAGGACUUUAAUUGAUUCCGGCAAAGCCGAUCCUAAUUCUCGAGAUCGAUACGGUCGAACACCCCUUUCAUACGCCGCACAGAUAAUGAAGGAAGAACCCCGCUUUUUGAAGCCAUUGCGAGUGGUAAUCUCUGCGACGGAGCUCCUUCUUCACACAAAGAUUGUGAAUUCUAAUCCUCGAGACAAUUAUGGGGAUACACCGAUAUUUGAACUUUUGGAUCUCUAUCACAUGCUUGAACUCAAGAAUGAGGAUCAGAUAUUGGACCCGAGCACCGUAUCCGCUGUUGUAACAAGAUACAACCGUCUUGUGAGAUUGCUGCUCGGACGUAGCGAGGUUAAGCUUGAUUCUCAGGAUAGCUCCGGUCAACCACUGGUUUUAUAUGCUGCUGACAACUGUGGAUACGACGUUGUGAGGCUUCUGAUAGACUCGGGGAAGGUUGACCCUCUGGGACUCUAG